AUGAUGGUUUCAAAUUUCUCUGCUCACAGUGCUUAUGUCAAUACUAUAAGUUCUCCACGAUACAAGCCGUCCAAUAAACAUACACAAGAGACAAAAAGUCGUAUCCUAAGUAGAAAACUUACCCAGGCAACAACCUCCUCUGAAAAAUCAAAACAAGUAGUACCAGACGACCCACCUCCAGUAGAUCAAUUUAAUCGAGAAAAUAUUCAUAGUCAUUAUAAAUUAGUCAAAAUGGAUACAAGAACAUCAAUAGAUUCAUAUCAUGCAAUCAAUGCACAACAAUAUAAAAUUGUGUUACAAUUUCCUAAAGAAGAUAUAGAAUUAAUCAGAUAUACCUGGUAUCAAAUGUUAUUAGAUGAAGAAACCUUACCCAAUAGUAAUAAGAAACCACCUGCAAUUCCAGGUACAUUCCCAGGAGAAGAAUCCAGACAGCCACGUCUUGAUGAUGAUAGGAGUUCUAAUUCUGGGAUUUCCAAAAUGGUUAGAUAUAGUAGUUCAGCAAUUGCUAGUUCAUUAUUUUGUCGUCAAUUUUAUGCUAAUUUAUUAGCUAUGGCACCAGAAUUAGAAAAAUUAUUCCCAUCAAUUAGACAUCAAGCAGUUAAUUUUGCUGGAGUUAUGUCAUUAGCAGUAUCACAAUUGGAAAAUUUGAAUGUGAUUGAAAAUUAUUUGAUUAAUUUAGGAAAAAGACAUUCAAGAAUUUUGGAUAUUGAUCCAGCAAAUUAUGAAUUAAUGGGAGAAGCAUUAAUUUUAACUUUCCAUCAAAGAUUUGGUAUUAGAUUUACUCAAGAAUUAGAAACUUUAUGGAUUAAAUUAUAUCUUUAUUUAUCAAAUAGUUUGAUUCAAUUUGGUAUUGAUCCAAUAUUGAAAGUACACCCACAAGCUGAAUCCAGAGCAAUGUCAACCUCAACAUCUACAAGAAAUAGUAUGAUGAUGGAUGAUGCCGAUGAUAGAAGAUCGAUCAGUACUCAACUGUCGUCAGUUAUGAGUUUGAAUAAUAAUCAUAAUUCAAAAUCUACAGGUGGUCAAACCAUAACUUCAAUGUCAACCCUGCAAUCAAAUUCUACUUUGAAACCACCUCCACCAAUUAAUGCACCUGCUGCAGCUAUUGCUGUCGAUGACGCUCGUAAUAAGAAGAAGUUUGGUAGGAUUAGAAGAAAGGGAAAGGAUUGUGUUAUUAUGUAG